GCGGCGCGCGCGGCCCCGACGGCCGUGAGGGGCAGUGCGAGCGGCGGCGGCGGGCGGGGCACCGCGGACCGGGGGCCGCCCCGGUCGGAGCGGGCGCGGGGAGCCCGCCGGGAGCCCGCCGGGAGCCGCCGCGGGCACCGGCAAUGUCCUCUUGCCUGUAGAGGCGUCAUGACACACAGCAGCAUCAUGGUGGACGUAGGCAAGUGGCCAAUAUUCACCUUACUUUCCCCCCAAGAAAUCGCUUCCAUUCGGAAGGCGUGUGUGUUCGGGACGUCGGCCAAUGAAGCCAUUUACAUCACGCACAACGAUGAGGUAUUUGUUUUUGGACUGAAUUGCAGUAAUUGUUUGGGAACUGGAGAUAAUCAGAGCACAAUAGUACCAAAGAAGUUGGAAGCCUUAUGCGGAAAGAAGAUCUCCAGUCUCAGUUAUGGAAGUGGACCCCAUGUUGUUCUUUGUACUGAAGAUGGCGAAGUGUAUGCUUGGGGACAUAAUGGUUACAGCCAACUUGGAAAUGGCACAACCAAUCAGGGCAUUACUCCUGUUCAAGUUUGCACAAAUCUCUUAAUAAAGAAAGUGGUGGAAGUAGCUUGUGGCUCUCAUCAUUCCAUGGCGCUCUCAUUGGAUGGGGAUCUGUACGCUUGGGGCUACAAUAACUGUGGUCAAGUUGGAUCUGGAUCUACAGCCAACCAGCCAACUCCUCGCCGAGUUUCCAACUGCUUGCAGGGUAAAAUUGUAGUUGGCAUCGCUUGUGGCCAGACCUCCUCCAUGGCUGUAGUAAACAAUGGUGAGGUUUAUGGCUGGGGUUACAAUGGCAAUGGGCAGCUCGGCCUGGGGAACAACGGGAACCAGCUGACGCCGUGCAGAGUGGCAGCGCUGCACAGCGUCUGUGUGCUCCAGAUUGCCUGUGGCUAUGCGCACACUCUAGCACUAACAGAUGAGGGCUUGCUCUAUGCCUGGGGAGCUAACACUUACGGGCAGCUGGGGACUGGCAAUAAAAGUAACCAGCUCAGCCCUGUGCAGAUCAUGAUGGAAAAAGAAAGGGUGGUGGAGAUCGCCGCCUGCCACUCGGCGCACACGUCGGCGGCCAAGACGCAGAGCGGCCAGGUGUACAUGUGGGGGCAGUGCCGGGGCCAGUCCGUCACCUUCCCCCACCUCACCCACUUCGCCUGCACCGACGAUGUGUUCGCCUGCUUCGCCACCCCUGCCGUCAUGUGGCGCCUGCUCUCCGUAGAACAUGAAGACUUUUUAACAGUAGCAGAGUCUCUGAAGAAAGAGUUUGACAGCCCAGAAACCUCAGACCUGAAGUUCCGUGUGGAUGGAAAGUACAUCCAUGUCCACAAAGCUGUUCUGAAAAUCAGGUGUGAACACUUCAGAACCAUGUUCCAGUCGUACUGGAACGAGGAUAUGAAGGAGGUGAUAGAAAUAGACCAGUUUUCCUACCCUGUGUAUCGUGCCUUCCUCGAGUACUUGUACACGGACAGCGUCGACCUCCCGCCUGAAGAUGCAAUAGGGCUCUUGGAUUUGGCUACUUCAUACUGUGAAAACAGACUGAAAAAACUGUGUCAGCACAUUAUCAAGAGAGGAAUUACUGUGGAAAAUGCAUUUUCAUUGCUCUCUGCUGCUGUCAGAUAUGAUGCAGAGGACUUAGAGGAAUUCUGCUUUAAGUUUUGUGUCAAUCAUUUGACAGAAGUGACACAAACUACAGCAUUUUGGCAAAUGGAUGGUCCCCUGCUAAAGGAAUUUAUUGCUAAAGCCAGUAAAUGUGGAGCCUUUAAGAACUGAAAGAAUGAGGCUGUAAGUCAAGGUGUCUGUGGGGUUCUUUUUCCAGCUACAAGGUAACUGUGUGGGUCCAGGCAAGUGUCUUGUGGUCUCUUCCACUACAGAACCUGAAAGGCCACAGUGAAAACAAACGUUUUCAGUGCUCAAGAGUGAACCGUUGUAAAAAUGUCAAGCAAAAUACUCACUUGCAUUUAACAAACCUGGAUAGUGGAUCCAGCUCAAGAUUUCAGGCAGAGAGGAAAUGCUGCAAUGUGCAAAGGAUUCCGGCUGAUGUUCCGGACUUGCCUUUCCAGCCUAGGAAAUCUCCGUUCUAGCACCGCCUGCUUGUAUCCAAUUUACUGUUUGGGGUUGGAAAAUAGUCUGACCUGAGCCACUGAAUGAUGUCACUUAAAUCAUUAACUCCCUGGGACUAUAGAGAAGCAAAUGGCAUCGUUAUCUCUUGCUGCAUUUGCAUGAUUGUGAAUGAAUUGGCCAUUUGCUGUGUGUAAUUAACCAAGUGUAUCCAGUGCUUCAAGUGUGCAAAAAUAAAGCAUCUUCAAAGCCUGCGCAAGUGACUUUGAAGAAAGGAGUUACUAGGAAAACUAAUUUGAAGUAAAUCUCUAUAUUUGGGUAUAUUUUAAUAUAAGUUGUACCGUGUACUUUGUGGAAUCUGUUCAAGCAAUAUUUAUAAUGCUUAAUGGAAAUAAUUCCACUCUUCAGUGACUUCAGAUUACGUUGGUUCCCUCAGAGGGGGAAGGGAAAGAUGGGUGCGAUUUUGCUUUUAAUUAUUGUCUAAAUUUAAACUACAUGUAAUAAAAUUACUUUUUUGUACCUC